AUGGAGCCUAAGGAGUAUCCUCCUAGUUUCACCAGCCGGAGCACAUCCUUCAUACCCUCCGACCAACAGUCUGACAGCCGAAUCAUUCUAGAUGAUGAGAAGUUGCCACCAGUCGACGGAGGAGUUCAAGCAUGGCUCUUCCUUAUGGCUUCUGCAAUGCUCGAAGCUCUAGUUUGGGGUUAUGCAUUCGCCUUUGGUAUAUUUCAAGACUACUACAGUACGCAUGAGCCAUUUAAAGGAUCUGAAAAUAUCGCAGUUAUUGGUACUUGUGCCAUGGGUAUCGCAUACCUGAUUGCCCCGUUGGCAAUCGUUUUGAUGAUUUUAGUGCCUAGAAUUGCUCGCUGGGUGUCGACUAUAGGAGUUGUUAUUAUGUGCUUGUCUUUGGCACUGAGUUCCUUUUCUACCAGCGUCAUGCAUCUUAUUUUGUCACAAGGAAUUGGGUUUGGAAUUGGUGGCUGUUUUGCCUAUACUCCCACCAUCUUAUUUAUGUCGGAGUGGUUCGACAAGCGGAGAGGGCUUGCCUUUGGUAUUGUCUGGGGUGGGUCCGGUGUAUCUGGGAUAGUAUUCCCACUUGCCAUCCAGUGGCUUUUGAACCAGUAUGGGAUUGAAGCCACGCUUCAAAUAUCCUCAGUGGCAUUGUUCAUUCUUGCUGUGCCUUUCCUCUACUUCCAUCGACCGAGACUGCGUACGACAGAAAUUGCGUAUCACCGUCUGAAUUUUCGCUUCUUGUACAACAAAGUCUUCAUAAUUUACCAGCUUGGCAACACUCUGGAAGCAAUCGGGUUCUUCCUGCCGACCAUCUACCUUCCGACAUAUGCGCGCAGUCUAGGUGCGAGUGACUACAUGGCGUCUCUCACAGUCAUCCUCGUCAAUUUGUUCACCGUGUUUGGAUCUGUCAUCAUGGGAUUCCUUUCCGACCGAUAUCACAUCACUACCUGCAUCUUGAUGUCGACUGUGGGUACCGUUAUCGCAGUCUUCUUUGUUUGGGGGUUUGCCGACACUAUCCCUCCUUUAUACGUGUUUUGUAUUGCCUAUGGUCUCCUUGCGGGUGGCUUUUCCUCCACAUGGGCUGGGGUCUCCCACGAGGUGCAGAAGGCCAAUCCAUUAGCAGACGAAACUGUCAUUUUCCCAUUCAUGGAAACAGGGCGUGGGAUUGGCAAUGUGGCAAGUGGCCCCCUAAGUGAGGCGCUUCUCAGGGCAGACAACUGGCGAGGACAUGCCUUGGGUGCAUAUGGAACUGGCUACGGGACACUUGUCGUUUGCACCGGCGCAACUGCAUUGAUAGGCGGCUUGUCUGUGGUGGCCCGGCAGUUAAAGUGGAUAUAA